UUUUCCACAAAGGAUCCUCUGCAACAGAAAAAACACACAGCUCACAUUGAAGAGACCGAGUUUGCUUGUUCCUACUGUAACGGUGUGUUUUACAGCAAAGGAGAAUUCCAACAACAUUUGGUGAAGCAUCCUGGACCAUUUCCAUACAAAUGCAAGUAUUGUGACUAUGGAGCUGUUUGGUAGGACUGUAUAGGCAAACAUACAAGAAGAGUGUGAAACAGUUGUCAAUAUAUGGCUACAGCUGCUGACAGUGAGCAAAAAACCAAUGGUGUACCAAAGCAAAUAAUGGAAAAGAUCUUUGCCCAGGAAGUUUCCCAGCAAACCAGAUUGUCAGAUCUAUCUUCAAAUAUAAUGACUCCUGGAAUUCAGAAUGAAAUAUCUGAAAGAGUUCAUUCAUCUGGAGAUACAGAUGGUAGCCAAAGUACAGCAUGCGUGCAAGAUAAAAAUAUAGCCGAGCCCUUUGACAGUGAUUUCCUUAAAAAUGAAAAUCCAGAAAACGCAGUAAUUGAAGUUGAAGUUUAUUGUCCCCAAAACGGGCCUUUAAUUCCUGGAAUGCCAUUAACAGUGGUUGCACCAUCUGAAUUUAUUUUGCCACCUAAUUGCUUGUCGCAAAUACUAGAAAUUAAAACAGUGAGUGAAAGACGGCUGUUGACUCUUAAACUCAUUCCUUCGAGCAAAUCAGAAUUUGAAAAUCAGUGUACUGAACAAGGAGAGGAACAAUCAAUGGGCAGCAAAUUUGGAGUGCAGUCACACCAAAAAGGCAGUGAUAUGAAUAAGCCUAACAAAGGGUCCGUGAAGUGUGAAGAAUGCAAAAGGAAAUGUAAUCAAGUUACUAUCAGAGAAUAUUUUUCCAAGAAGAGAAAGAGAACUCCAGAUAAUGGUGCUCUUGAAGUACUACCUGUUCUAACAAGGCACCUCAGGCUUACCCCAUUUAGAAGUGACCAGUUGAUAAAGUGCCCUCGUCACAACCAGUCAGCCGUUGUCUUAAAUCACUUUGAUGUAGAUUCACAAGAAAUAAAUAAUGUAAUGAUGGUUAUUAAUAAGUAUGAAGGCAGUGUCCCGACAGUCAUUUUAUCAGAAAGAUCUAUUGGUUGUUUAGGUAUGAAACAGCAUCCCAAAAGACUUACAUUUUAGGAUCUGGACCCAGUGACUGAGAUGGAAAAAUGCCACAUAUUAAAAAUGAAAGUAAAGAG